GUUAAUUUCUUUGCGAAAAUACAGAGAAAGCAUACUAGGCUUCUGAAAUCUUACAGUAAUAUUUUCAGAUAUUACUCUAAAGGAUGAACCAUUUCUUCCAGCUUAAAAUAUUAAGCCAGCAUUGCUUCAGCUUGCUUUGCAAGGCUUAACUAUAUCUGCAGUUAUGUAAGUUUCAGUUAUGUGGUAUUUCAUGGGCAUCUAUUUAAACAUACAACUAUUAUUUUUAGUUGAAAUAUAGACUAUAUAAAGACUUUAAAGAUGUGGGAUCAAGGUGGACAACCUUGGCAGCAAUGGCCUUUGAACCAACAGCAGUGGAUGCAGUCAUUUCAGCACCAGCAAGAUCCAAGCCAGAUUGACUGGGCUGCAUUAGCUCAAGCAUGGAUUGCUCAGCGAGAAGCCUCAGGGCAACAGAGUGUAGUGGAACAACAAGGAAUGAUGCCAAACGGACAGGAUAUUUCAGGAAUAGAGUCUGGUCCAAACAACCAUAAUAAUUUUCAGGGGGAUCCCAAUUUCAACAGAAUGUGGCAGCCAGAAUGGGGAAUGCCUCACCAACCCCCUCACCCACCUCCAGAUCAGCAGUGGAUGGCUCCAACCCCAGGUCAAAUGGAAAUUGUUCCUCCAUCUGAAGACAGCAACAGUCAGGACAGUGGGGAAUUUGCUCCUGACAACAGGCAUAUAUUUAACCAGAACAAUCACAACUUUGGGGGACCUCCCGAUAACUUUGCAAUGGGGCCAGUGAACCAGUUUGACUAUCAGCAUGGGGCUGCUUUUGGUCCACCUCAAGGUGGAUUUCAUCCACCUUAUUGGCAGCCAGGACCACCAGGGCCGCCAGGUCCACCCGCACCUCCUGCACCUCCUCAAAAUCGAAGGGAAAGACCCUCAUUCAGAGACCGACAGCGUUCACCUAUUGCGAUGCCUGUGAAGCAGGAGCCUCCGCAGAUUGAUGCUGUGAAGCGUAGAACUCUGCCUGCCUGGAUUCGUGAAGGCCUGGAAAAGAUGGAACGAGAAAAACAAAAAAAAUUGGAAAAAGAGAGGAUGGAGCAGCAACGUUCACAGAUGUCUAAAAAAGAAAAAAAGGAAAGUGAGGAGGCUGAAGAAGGGGAUGGCCCACGGUUACCUCAGAAAAGUAAAUUUGACAGUGAUGAGGAAGAUGAAGAUGCUGAAAACACAGAAGCUGUAAGCAUUGGGAAAAUCAGCAGGAGUCCAUCCCCGGCUCCUCAAGAGGAGCAAAGUGAACCAGAAAUGACAGAAGAAGAAAAGGAGUAUCAAAUGAUGAUGCUGACAAAAAUGCUGCUGACAGAGAUUCUCUUAGAUGUCACAAAUGAAGAAAUUUAUUACGUGGCCAAAGAUGUUCACCGUAAAGCAACUAAAGCUCCUGCAAAACAGCUGGCACAGUCCAGUGCACUGGCUUCCCUCACUGGACUCGGUGGACUGGGUGGUUAUGGAUCAGGAGACAGUGAAGAUGAGAGGAGUGACAGAGGCUCUGAAUCAUCUGAUACUGAUGAUGAGGAAUUACGACACAGAAUCAGGCAAAAACAGGAAGCAUUUUGGAGGAAAGAGAGAGAACAGCAACUACUACUAGAAAAACAGCUAGAAG